UGGACGGCAAAUUCUAUAAUAACGGACAGCCGCUCCCAUUCGGUGGAGAGGGGAGGUUUACCAUGGAUCUGUUGGGCAUAGGAGAAUUUGGACCAAUGUAUGACUAUAAAGUAGAUGAGGUCACGGGACAUGUCACGCUUGGUCCCUCAGCCACGUGGGGCGGCCACCUUAGUAUCCCUGCCAAUUAUACGUUCGAAUUUGAAGGAUUGUUUUCAAAUUCCGAAAUACCAGCCGAGUUUUACUAUCCGAUUCAUCAUCACAUUUUUAGUGCGGUAAAGGAUAGGUUGUGGGAGAGACUGGUCGUUUAUUAUAUCGUUCCAGAGUUGAGACCGCUUUUCGACAAAAAUUUUGAGAAGUGGAGUUAUGCAGACAUACUGGAAGGUAAUUUCACCCCCUUCAACUGAGUUCAACUCUUCCAUAACUUGGGAUUGUUAUGGGUUAUGGCCUUAAUGUAGGUAAAUAUUGUUGGAUUCACUGUCAUCAGAAAAAAUGCACUUAUUAAUCCAUAUUUGUACUUGCAUAGUAAAGGUACUCGAGAUAAAACGAUAUGCAAAUCUAUUUGGUCCAUUACUGAAUUUUGGAAACAUCAGAUACAUAUAUGUAACAGUUUAAUUAUUUUAAAAAAUUUUCAUGCAUACCUUACGAACAUCGACAAUAUACAUCGUAUAAGCGUCAAUACUAAAAAACUCAUAGGAGUGUGGAUGAGGCUUUAAAAAAUCUUUGACCAGGAAUGCCCACAGAUUUAUUGCGUGCUUCAAUCUAGGUCGCGUCUUCAGCCAUAUUGAGGAAAUUUCAAGGACUUAAAAAAAUUGUCUACCCAGAAAUUAACUGGCUGUCGGCUAAAAUUGACUAAAAAUUUGUAACACAAAAACCAUUGAUGCUAUGUUACAGGAUU